AUGCAUGAUAAUAAGGACAGAAAUAGCUUGCUUGAAACAGUCGUAUUUCGGCCAUUAUACAUGCGGAAAUGGUUCGGUUAUCCAAAAACGAUGUUUGCUAGCGAUAAUGUAAACGACAAUAAUUUUGCUUCUGUUGACUUGACAACAGCUGGACGAAGUGGUACUGCAAUCAUUUCGUCCUCAUCAUAUAUCUUUGAAAGAUUGAAGGAAUUUUACGCCAAUGAAAAUAUGGAUUUUGAGAAAUGGAUAACGUUAAAGAGCAUGAAAGUGGCAUUUUUUACUCAUACUAUACUUGGCGUAAUUGCAAAGGCGAUUUUAGCGAAGGCUAAUCAACAAAAUAUGAGUUUUCCGGAUAGUAAUGUCAGCGCCAGUAAUGGAUUGAGGAAGUGUUUAACGAAAAGCAUUUUUAGCGGCACUGCGAUGGCUGUCAACAUUGGAUGCAUAAUGAUUUCUAUAACACAGUUUGCAGUAUGGCAAGGGCAUUUUUCACUUUGGACUGUUCCGUGCGCUACUACUAUUAUUCCAACUGUAUUCAGUUAUUCUUUGGGUGUGAAGCCGUGGCAAGCAGUGAAAGGUGGACUAGUGCUAGGGCAAGUUAUUUUAUUAGCAUUUUCAUCGUUGGCAAUUUUCGGUGCUUCUCUGUUUUACGAAUUAUCAAUCAAUGAAAUAUAUCAAUACCUUAAGAAUGACAUUGAAAUCGAAUUGCGGAAAGAAAAAGAAAGCGAUUUGUACAGAUUCAUGAAGGAGCAUCAUAUUCGUAGCAAAUGGUUCGGGAAAUGGAUGUUGGAUAGAAGUCGUAUAGAUGAAAAUAUUGAUGAUGAAUUAUCUUGA